AUGGAUUGUCAUCGUCCAGUCGUUUUUGUGAACACCAAGCUCGAUCAUGAGUGGCUAUUGAAGCUACAUGAGGCUCGUUCCAACGGGACCUUGUUCCGUUGGGCGACGACUCUGCAUCCUCGAAGCCUCCCAUGUUCUUCCAACCAGCCCCUUUUCCGACAGCAAAAUCACGACGUUGUGAUUGACUUGACCUUUAGCGAUCAGACCAUCUGGGUUCUGAGGUUUCCUCGACCGGCAGGCGUUUCUUCACGAUAUGUGGAUGAGAAGGUUGUGAUGCAGGUUGAGGCGCUCCAUCUCAUCAGACAGCGAACGGAGAUUCCUGUCCCGGAUGUUCACGCUUGGGGCCUGGCCAAGGAUAAUCAAUUUGGUUUAGGUCCAUACUUGCUAACGAGCUUUGCCGAUGGUAUCCCACUGUCUGAGGUAUGGGGUGAGGAGGGGUAUAACAACCCCAAAAUUCUUAAGGACAACAUUCCGGACGCCCAGCUCGAGUACAUGCAGAGGCAGAUGGCUCGAGUAAUGUUGCAGUUAUAUGCUAUCGACUUUGAGAGGAUCGGGAGUUUACCAACGUCUAUAACCAAAUUCCCAUCGUUAAAUCGUCCGCUCACCAGAAAGGCGAAUUUUGUCUUGCUGGCCGGCGAUGUUGACAUCCUGGCUGGCUUCACCACGACCCGCGAAUAUCUCGAAUUCCUCCACCACCAAGACUGGCAGCAACUUGAGCUGCAGAAGAACUCAGCCACCAGUCCCGAAGUGACCAAGUCCCGGUACGCCGGGUUGAAAAUCCUGCAGACUCUCCUCGGUGCGAUGACCGAUAUAUCUCAUAACGAGGUGCCGUUUAAGCUGAGUGUGAUGGUGAGGUCUCAGGAUGAUCUUACCAUCACCGGCAUCGUGACCCAACUAUUCCCUUGGGCGCCCUGGUGGGUUCUCCGUUCUCAUCCGAUGGAGAGCGCGGCGGGGCUUGAAAGCCACGAGGCUCUACAGCAGGAUGAUCCGUUCUUUCAACGGCUGGAACGCUAUACACGGUUUUUGGUAGAGGAGGAGGCCCGGACUGUCCAAAAUGGAGUCCAACUCUCGCAAUUAAUGGCGAGUUUUGGAGCAAUGUGGUUCUACCCAUUGCUCACAAACGGAUUCUUGGAUCCGUUGUGCCUCCAUUUUCGGCAGUUGCGGGCCCAAGUUGGUGCCUCUUGGUGGGACAAGGAGGUCGAGAGACAUAAGUCAGGAGAGGAGGUGGAGGGGUGGGUGGUGCGGAAUAUAAAUAACCUGGAAGAGUACAACACGGAGCACAUUGUCUCGCAGGAAUGUGAGCAUCUACUUCAGGAGGGAACCAUUUCUAGCAAGGAAUAUGUCGAUUUGAUGAUGUCGACUAUCAGGCUUGAUCCGGGAGAAAAUUGGCACCAUCCGAACCUUGCAUUCCUUGAUGAAAUUUCCGAUAGACAGCAUGGGACUGCCUGA